AAACUAACCAAUUUCCUAUGAGAAGAAAAAUGUUUCCAACUCAAACUAACCAACGUUUUUUAAAAGUUUGAAAGAAAAGAUUUUUUCGACCACCUGAAAAUAGAUAUAAAAUUCUAACAAAUAUCUAGGUAUUUAGGCAUAAGAAUCAACACGAACAUACUAAAAUCGUGUAGGCAAUUCUUUCUACCUGUUCCGUCUUCUAUUGAAACAGAAUUAUGUUUCUAAAUAGAAGUAUUAUUGGAGCUACAUUUUUAAGAAGUUGUUUAGUGAAGAACAGUUCCACAACUAAAAUUUGUAAUAAAAUAAAAUGUUCAAUAGAAUCUCGACCUUUUUCGGCAGAUAUCCCUAAAACAUCUUACGAGCACACAGCUGAAGCCAUUACAAAUAAUGAAAACAAUACAACUUCAGAAGUAUCCAAGAGCAAUAAUGAAUCAAGUAAAAGUGGAGACAGGGAGUUAGAGCAUAAAUUAAAAGUUUUAAUGCUGGAGGCUGAAGUAUUGAGACAGCAAGGCUUUUUAGUACCAGAUGAAUCUUAUAUGAAAGAUGAUAUGUGGCAGCAUCUUGUUGAACUACCAACAAUCUCGUCUAGAAAAAAAUAUUUAGAAUUUUUAUUCAAAUUAUCUAAGAAACAAGAACAUAGAAAAAUUAAACAAGUGGAAAAACAAAAGAAAUUGGAUGAAUUUCGUGCAACAAAUCCUCUAGAAGGGCUGAAUGUUUUGACUAUAGAGGAACAUGCAUCACAAUAUGGUCUAAAAUAUAAUAACAUGUUUCUCAGAUUUUAUGAUACAAUUAUUAAUCGCACAUACAAUCAUAAAUUAUUUCAAGCAAUGAUGUUUGGUCAAAAACUAGUCAUCGAUUGUGGAUAUGAACAACAUAUGACUAAAAGGGAAAAUUCUUAUUGUGCAAAGCAACUUAUGCUUUUAUUUGCUGAGAACCGUUUCCAUUCAGAUCCAUUUGAUAUACAUUACACAAAUUACAAUCGAAAUUCGGACCUUGCAAAGUUAUUUCACAAAAGCAUACCUACUUUAUAUAAUCCUGAAUUUCCUGCAAAUAUUCACGAAAACAGCUAUUUAAAUGUAUUUCCUAAAGAGAAAUUGAUUUAUCUUACACCCCAUUGCAGAGAAGAAAUGGUAUCAUUUGAUCACGAAGCAAUUUAUAUUAUUGGGGGUAUUGUUGAUAAGAUAAAUAAUGAGCCCUUGUCAAUGGCAAAGGCUAAGAGAGAAGGAAUAAAAAUGCUCAAGUUUCCUUUGGACAAGUAUCUGUUAUGGGGAUCUGGAUCAGGAAAAAGUCUGACUUUAAACCAGUGCGUCGCUGUGCUGUUGGACAUAAAAAAGACUGGCGACUGGAAAUAUGCUUUAAGACACGUACCAAAAAGAAAACUUGCCGAAGUUAUUGUUGAUAAGCAUGUGUCAAAAUUUAAACCUGAUUUCCCUGUAAAAAAAAAUAAUACAUACAACACAAAAAAGACCUGGAAACCUAAAUAAUUUAGUUUAUAUUUGUUUAAUAUUUAUACAAUAAUAUUAAAAUGUUUUUAUAAAAUG